AAUAAAUUGUAUGUGUCGAUUUUUAUUCUUUCUUCCAUUUGGUUGCCGGCUUCUUCGAACCCGCCGUGAGAACAUGCUCUACAAGAUCUGCAAACCUGGUAAACUCGGACAAUGGAUAGUGGCAAUAACAGCAUGCUUCUGUUCAAUGACUUCAGGCCAAGGGUUCUCAUGGCCGUCGCCGGCGUUACCAAUGAUCAUAUCCGGGACCGCUGGGUUCAAUCUCACGGACGUGGAGCAGUCAUGGAUGGUUACCAUAACUUUUAUAGGAAACGUAGUUAGCCCUAUACCAGCCGGGUUCGUGAUGGAUUUAAUAGGGAGGAAGAACACGCUCCUCGUGUCAUUGCUGAGCAUGAUCGCCUCGUGGAUCAUAAUCUACUUCAGCACGACUGCCGUCACGUUAUACAUCGCCAGGUUUCUCGCUGGGCUCUGGGCGGGCGUCGUGUACACGGUCGUACCGGUUUUCAUCGGAGAAGUCGUCGAUCCUGACAUCAGAGGUGCCAUGGGAGCCAUGUUUGGAGUGAACAUGUACAUCGGCGCUCUUUAUGAAAGUCUUGUUGGAAUGGGAAGCUAUCACACGUUGGCUUUCCUAUCCGGUGUCCCUCCGACACUACUUUUCGUAGCUUUUCUUUUUCUACCAGAAUCUCCUUAUUAUUAUUUGCUCAAAGGCAAAAAAGAAAAAGCUAGGCGCAGCGUUAUAUGGCUGACCGGUAUGUGCUCGGACGAAAAACUCGACAAAAUGGACGCGGCGGUAAAAGAACAACUGGCUAAGAGAGGCUCGUUCACAGAUAUUUUUAAAACGAAAGCUUCCAGGAGGGCGUUCGUCAUCGUAGAGGUACUAGGGGUCGUUCAGAGAGGAGCUGGUGUCACCCUGCUAUUCGCCUAUGUGUCUAUUACGAUACCAGAUUCUAUUGUGACGGCCACACAAAGUUUCAUCGUCCUCUGUGUAGUGUGGAUUGUAAUGUCGUUCUCCUCUAGUUUCAUCAUGGACAAGUUUGGUCGCCGUAUAAUUCUUCUGAUUUCGUGCAUCGGUGCCGGCCUCGCUAUGCUCGCCGUGAGCAUUUGGUUCUAUUUGAGAGAUCAAGCCGCCUAUGAUGUCUCCAACACGAACGUCCUACCUCUAGUUUUUCUCAUAAUCAACGGGAUGUUCUACUCUAUAGGCAUUGUCUGCAUCCCGCAGCUGGUCCAAGGUGAGUUAUUUUCCGUCAACAUAAAGGCCAAAGCGUCGGCAAUUGCAUGCAUCACGACAUCACUCGCGUCCGCCAUCACCGUGAAACUCUAUCUACCACUCACCGAGUACGUCGGGGUCUAUUCAAAUUUCCUCAUAUGCUUCCUGUCCUGCCUCGUAGGAGCUAUUUUCUCAAUGACGUACAUGGUCGAGACUAAAGGUAAAACGCUUGAACAAAUUCAGGAUGUACUGGCCGAAAGCAGAAAGAAGAAACCAAGAUCGGACAUACCAGGUAUUGGCAACAAUGUUUAAUUGUAAGAUCUUCGUCAAUAAAUUAUUUUACUUAUUUUUAUUUAUUAA